AUCUAAGUAUUAUAAAUAUAUUUAAGUAGCCUUAAAAUUAUUUUUAAAUACACAAACCAAUAACAACAUAUCAUUUAUUUUUAUUUUCUUCUUUUUGAGCCCAUUUAACAGGUUAUAUAUAGUAAGAAAAUUAGAGUUUUGUCAUUAGAUUUGAGCCAAAAACUAGGGUUUUUGUGGUUUUCGCUGUGGUAUUGGACGAUAGUUGAUCCAUGACUACACCACUUCCCGAAGACAUUAUCAUUGACAUCUUAGCUCGUGUACCAAGAUGUAACUAUCCAAAACUUUCCCUCGUUUGCAAGCACUUCCGGUCACUUAUUGCAUCGCCUAAUCUCUUCGCUGUACGAUCAUUGUUGGGAUGCACGGAACUCUGUCUCUAUGUUCUCCUUUACAACAGAGAAACAGACGGAGAUAAUGGCUGGUAUAUUCUCCGACAAAAAAACAAAGAUAAUACCCGCUUGGUCCGUAUCCCUUCGCUUCCUGUUGCGCAACACUAUGCCGCAAUGGGCUCGAAGAUAUACGUGUUUGAUAGGACUAAAGAUGACGGUGUGACUACUACAAAUGUGUUAAGCAUCGACUGUAGAUAUCACACGGUGCAACCUCUCCCGAGCAUUGACGCGAGCGUGUAUACUACAGUCGCUGACGUCAUCAGUGGGAAAAUCUACGUACUUGGAUAUCGUAACACUAGCUCGAAUAAGCUGAUGGUGGUGUUAAAUACAGAAACAGAAACGUGGGAGCUUGUGAGGACAAUGGCAGACACGAGGGGUUAUUACACGUGGUCAUCUAGUUUUGUGAUGAUGGAUGGUAAGAUGUAUAUGUUAAGUCCUGAUGGCAUCUAUGUUUAUGACCCGAAAGAAAGUAGAUGGGAAACGGAUCACGAGAAGCUGGAGUUCUGGGUGAAUAAAGGGUGCGUCCUUGAUGAUGUGUUUUACUGCUAUGAUUUUUAUGUGAACUCUUUAAGAACGUAUGAUCCAAAGCAAAGGCGCUGGGGAGUGGUGAAAGGUGUGGAACAACUGUUGGCUGAGACGAAAUCAUGCUCACACUUUUCAUGGACUGAAAUAGUGGGUCACGGUCGAAAGCUAGCUUUGUUUUUUUCUAAAGAAGAAGUGACAAGAGGGAGAUGGGGUGCGGAGAUUUCACUGGAAAGACAAGAGAUAUGGUGUGCGGAGAUUUCACUGGAAAGACAAGAAAAUGGAGAAAGGAUUUGGGGUAAAGUUGAGUGGUGUGAUCAGGUUAUGGCUGCUGGACAUUUUGUCGGUAGCAAAUGUGUUGCUGUUAUGGUUUGAUUCAUGAACUCUCAUGUUUGUAUAUUAUUUUCUUAGUUAAAAUAAUGCUACAUUUGGUUCUGUGUUUCAGUUUUUGUUUUGAAUAUUCGUUUUGUGCAACUGAUUCAGGAAAUUUUUUAUUAUUCUUGUUUUAUGG